CCAGCCCAGGCUGGUGUGGGAUUUUUGGGAUGGAGAUGGAGACCCAGCCCAGGCUGGUGUGGGAUUUUUGGGAUGAGGAAGAACCAGCCCAGGCUGGUGUGGGAUUUUUGGGAUGGAGAUGGAGACCCAGCCCAGGCUGGUGUGGGAUUUUUGGGAUGGGGAUGGAGACCCAGCCCAGGCUGGUGUGGGAUUUUUGGGAUGAGGAUGGAGAACCAGCCCAGGCUGGUGUGGAGUUUUUGGGAUGGGGAAGACCCAGCCCAGGCUGGUGUGGGAUUUUUGGGAUGGGGAUGGAGACCCAGCCCAGGCUGGUGUGGGAUUUUUGGGAUGAGGAAGAACCAGCCCAGGCUGGUGUGGGAUUUUUGGGAUGGGGAUGAAGACCCAGCCCAGGCUGGUGUGGGAUUUUUUGGGAUGAGGAUGGAGACCCAGCCCAGCCUCAGUGGCCCCAGCAGCUCCCGUGUCCCCUCCGCAGCCUCUCCUGGGCUCAGCCCCCGCCGGGGCUCCCCGGGAUCCAUCCCAGGAUCCCCGGAAUGCCGGGAUCGAGCGGUGCUGGCCGGGGGAUCGCUGUGCCUGGAUCCGGACGAGCCCCCACGGGAGUGGACAGAGUUCCACUGGAGGGUGAAGAUGGAUUUGGGAGGGCAGGAGCGGAUCCUGACGGCCAAGAACGGCCAGGUCUCCUAUCCCAAGGGAUCCUUCCACGGCAGGGUGAAAUUCCAGCUGGGAAUUCUCUCCCUGUGCGUGUCCCCCGUUCUCAGAGGGGACAGCGGGACCUUCCUGGCCGAGUUCUGGAAUUCCUCCGGGAUUUUCGUGCGGUGCUUCCGGGUGGCCGUGCUGGAUCCCAUCCAUCCUCCUCGGUUGGAAUCCCGGAUCCUGGCGCGGGAUCCGGGCUGGUGCCUCCUGUCCCUGCUCUGCUCCAGCCCCGGGAACGUCUCCUACAGCUGGGAAUGUCCCGGGGAGCCCCCGGAACCCCCGGAAUCAUCCCAGAAAUCCCCGGAAUCCCUGGAAUCAUCCCCGAAAUCCCCGGAAUCCCCGGAAUUAUCCCUGAAAUCCCCGGAAUUAUCCCCGGAAUCCCCGUCCAGCCUCACCCGGAGGAUCCCCGAGGGCACCGAACCCCAAAUUUGCCUCUGCAACGUCAGCAACGCCGCGGGCUGGGGCGUGGCCACAGCCCGCCUCACCUGCCCAGGAAUUCCCGGGAAUUUCGGGCCCUGGAUAGCGGCGGCCGUGGCCGUGGGGCUGAUCCUGCUCCUGGUGGGCAGCGUCUGCUGCUGGAAGCGGAGCAAGAAUUCCCGGGAAGAGCCCCCCGGAGCCCCCCCGGAGCAGCCCCUGACCAUCUACGCCGAGGUGGGAGAGAGGAAACCCCCGCAGGACCCCACCGGGAGCAGCGAGGCCGCCCGGGAAGGAGCCACCGUCUACGCCGUGGUCACUCCCAGGACACUGGAGCAUCCCAGGCACCAGGAAGAAUCCGGGAAUUUCACCGUUUACUCCACGGUCCAGUUUGGACGGAGGCCUUCCUCCACCAAGAGGAAGAGGCUGGACCGAGCUUUGGUCUCCACCGCCUACCUGGAGGAUAAUGGGAUUUACAGGAUCUCGGGUCUCUCCAAUCCCGCCGGCCCCAAAACCCCGGAAUUCCCGACCCUAUGGAAUUCUUCUCCCGGAAACUCCGGCGGCCGCCAGAUGGAAUAGGAAAAAUCCAGAAAUCCGGGUUUUUUCCCCCAAGAUUCAACCUCCGGAGCGAAGAUUUGGGGGUGGGAAAGUCUGGGUGGG